AUGCUACACAGAAUGUCCAGUACACCAACAAGCUCUCGCAGCGUGCUUGGAUUUAUAGAAGAGGUACCUCGCUCCCGGCUGAUCUGCUCCGGUGUUAUUGGCGAACUGAGUCUAGUGAUACCGGCUGAGAGGACGGUGAAGGAUAGGACGAGGGCGGAGAGGAGGGAGAGGAUCAAUGCGAAAGACAUGAUGAAGUGCGAGAGAAUGGGUGGGGAGAUUGUUAUUCGGUGA